AUGACAAUUUCUCGCUCUUCUCUUCUGGGCCUGGCGGCCACUUCGCUGGCGACAGGUGUGUCUGCUCAACUGGAGACUUGCAGUAACAACAACGUCUUCAGUUGCCAGAGCUCAUCUCAGACCCCCACCUGCUGCUUCAAUUACCCUGGUGGCGCCCUCUUGCAGACCCAAUUCUGGGACACCAACCCUUCCACCGGUCCAUCCAACUCGUGGACUAUCCACGGUCUCUGGCCUGACAACUGCGACGGUACCUACGAAGCAAGCUGUGACUCCAGCCGUGCCUACACCAACAUUUCCGAUAUCCUGCUGUCUCAGGGUCGCGACGAUCUCCUGUCAUACAUGCAGGACUAUUGGGUUGAUAUCAACGGCGAUGACGAGUCCUUCUGGGCCCACGAAUGGGGCAAGCACGGCACCUGCAUCAACACCAUUAACCCCGAGUGCUACAGCAACUAUUCCCCACAGGAAGAAGUCGGCCAAUUCUUCCAGAAGGUGGUUGAUCUGUUCCAGGGUCUUGAUACCUACCAGGCGCUCGCCGAUGCUGGCAUCCGCCCCAGUACUAGCAAGACGUACAGACUCAGCGACAUUCAGGCUGCCCUGAGCAACUUGCACGAUGGUGCUUCGGUCUACCUUGGUUGCUCCAGUGGUAAGCUGAACCAGGUGUGGUACUUCUUCAACGUUGCCGGCAACGCUAUCACCGGACAAUAUGAGGCUGUUGACACCUUGACCAAGUCCAGCUGCCCCAGCACUGGUAUCAAGUACCUCCCCAAGUAA